AUGAUCAACCAGUUCCGAGCUGUGAAAGAGAUUCUACUGGCCGGCGAUACCAACCGAAGCUUGGCACAGGGAACCCAGGUACGGAUUAAUGAUUUGGCGGCACCACCAGAGCCCAUGCAUCCUCUGAUGUACUUGGAACCUUUCGUGGCGGUGCUCAUUGCGGCCUUGACAGCAGCCGUGGCUUUUGCGCUCUUCAUCGUGUUGGAGAUUAUUCUGCGAAUGCAUCUGUUGAAGUGCGCAAAUUACUGGUGCGGUCCGGAGCGCCUCUGGAACUGGUUCGAUUUAUUUUUAGCGGCAACUGGGAUCGCUGAUAUCGUCUUGCAAGUUGCAUCCAAUGGUCAGACGGAUAUCUUUGGCGCUUCGCUGCUCAGAUUUUGUCGGUUGAUCCGACUGAUACGAAUCGUCAAGCUGUUUCGUGUGAAGUUCAUGAAGGAUCUGCGGCUCAUGGUCAAGGGCCUAAUUGCUGGAAUUCGAACUUUGGCACUGGCUUUUGCAUUGCUUUUCGCUGUUUUGUACGUCAUUUCCGGCUUUGCCACGAUCACAAUUGGCGGGAGUACGAUUGCAAAGGAUGAGAACCUUCAGCGCUAUUUUGCCAACAUACCAGAGUCGAUGUUUACGGCAUUUCGCUGUUUUACAGGCGAGUGCAUCAAUGAUCAUGGGCAACCAAUUCAGGCCCUUCUUGCAGAGCAUUUUGGUUUGGCUUUUGUGCUGCCCUUUGUUGCCAGCUACAUGCUAGUAUAUGUGGACAUCACAAUGAGAGCUGCAAAGGAGAACGAUGCUACUACAGCAGAGCAGCACUCUCGUGAGUCCAUCCGAAUUGCAAGGGUGACACGCGAGCUGUUGAAGAAGUUUGCGUCAGCUCAUCAUCAGUUCCAAGAUGACGACAAAGAGCAUAGCACCACGGUCAGUAAAGCAGCUCUGAAAAUCAAUCACACCUCCUUCUUCACCGAUGACGAGAUAAACGACAGCAUGGAAAUUAGCAAGGAGCUCUUCCUGCUGGUCAUUCAGGACUAUGGCGUGCAAAGGCUGAUGGACGAUUUGGAUCUUCCGCCGGAUCGUGCGAACCUCUUCGAGGUGAUCGAUGCCGACGGCUCUGGAACGUUAAAAUUGACUGAACUGGUGCAGGGCCUCCUGAAGAUCCGCGGAGUUCUUGAGCUGUAG